AUGGUGGUGCUGGGCUGUGUAAGGGAGGUGGAGGGCGGGGAGGGGUCUAAUGGAGAUGGAUCAAACGAAGGGGUGUGUACAGUCACACUAAGACCCCGUUGUGCUCUGGGUCUCUUGUCUCCUGUAAAAGUGGUCAGUUUACCGUCAGAGUUGCAGGAAGUUCCUUGUGCACAGGAGCAAGUCGUGGCUAUAGUCAGGUCCCAUACUGCUGAGACUGGUUCGGUCGGAGAGAAGAUAACAUCACUUAAUCUCUCUAUGCUGGACAGCGAAGAGCAGCAUAAGGUGAGAACAUUGUUGCUAAAGUAUGAGUCUGUGUUCUCUGCUUUUGAUGGUGACCUUGGUAUUACUAAUUUAAUCGAGCAUAGCAUUCCAUUGUUAGACAAUGUUCCUGUGCGGCAGAGGUAUCGGCGUAUCCCUCCAUCUGAAUAUGAGGCAGUUAAGUCCCAUAUUAACCAGCUGCUGGCAAACCAGGUUAUCAGAGAGAGCAGUAGCCCUUAUGCAUCACCAAUUGUCCUGGUCCGAAAGAAGGACGGCAGUCUUCGCCUAUGUGUGGACUAUAGACAACUUAAUAAAAAGACCAGAAAAGACGCUUUUCCACUGCCCCGAAUAGAGGAAACAUUGGACUCUCUAUCAGGCGCCCGCUGGUUCACAACCAUGGACCUUGUUUGUGGCUAUAACCAGGUUCCAGUUGCAGAGAAUGAUCGCUCAAAAACAGCCUUUUGCACGCCUUUUGGCCUGUUUGAAUUCAAUCGCAUGCCAUUCGGGUUGUGUAAUGCACCAGGAACUUUCCAACGUUUAAUGGAGAGGAUGUUCGGGGCUCAGCAUGGUCAGUCACUCUUGCUAUACCUGGAUGAUAUUAUUGUGUUUUCUUCCAGUGUUGACCAGCACCUGGCACGGCUGGAGGUGGUGUUAAGUCGCCUGAAACAAGAAGGAUUGAAGGUCAAGUUGGAAAAAUGUGACUUCUUUAAAAAGCAGGUGCAGUACCUGGGACAUCUCAUCUCUGAGGACGGCGUGGCCACGGACCCAGACAAGAUUGCAGCAGUGUCAAACUGGCCUCACCCUACAAAUGUCUCAGAGCUGCGGUCGUUCCUGGGAUUUGCCAAUUAUUAUAGAAGGUUCGUAGAAGGUUUUUCUCAACUGGCUGGCCCCCUCCAUCGUCUUGUUUCAGAACAUGCUGGGUCGAAGGCGAGUCGAGGACGAGGAAAAUUAUUGGGAGGAGCAUGGUCAGAAGAAUGCGAAAGGAGCUUCCAGGAGCUCAAGGCCAAGCUUGUAAGUGCUCCCACUCUCGCUUUUGCUGAUUUUUCCCUGCCUUUUAUUUUAGAGGUCGACGCCAGCCACCAUGGACUAGGAGCUGUGUUGUCUCAGGAACAGGGUGGCCGAGUACGACCCAUUGCAUAUGCCAGCCGCAGUUUGCAUGCUGCUGAGAAGAGUUAUAGCUCCAUGAAACUUGAGAUGUUGGCCAUGAAGUGGGCUAUGGCUGAAAAGUUCAAGGAGUACCUGUGGGGCCACCGAUGUGUCGUUUGGACUGACAACAACCCACUGAGCCAUUUGGAUACUGCCAAAUUGGGUGCCACGGAGCAUCGAUGGGUUGCUGAACUUUCUGCAUUUGACUAUACGGUCAGAUAUCGUCCAGGCCGUGUGAAUAAGAAUGCUGACGCCCUCUCAAGGCAAUCAACAAGUGGGGACAGAACACAACUACACCACCACCUCCCAGGGACAGCCAUUCCAGAACAAAUCUGUGAGAUGUCGAGGGUGGUGCAGGAGGAUGCUGUGCAGUUGGCGAUCACUGUCCUUCCAUCCCGCAGCAGAGAAGAUCUGUGCCUACUUCAAGGGGCUGAUCCGUCCAUUUCAGCCUUCCUGGAGUUUUGGCAGCAGCAAAGAGUGCCGAGCCGGGCUGAGAAGGAGCGUCUAGGGCCGGGCGCCCGUGGACUUCUGAAACAGUGGGACCGAAUUGUCCAGAAGGAAGGCCUUUUGUAUCGGCGCACCUGGAGACCAGAUGGUGGAGAAGAAGUUCUUCAGUUUCUUCUCCCAGAGAGUCUAAAAGCAGAGGUGUUGCAGGAGCUUCAUCAACAUCAUGGCCACCAGGGGGUCGAGAGGACGACUGAUGUAGUGAAGCAGAGGUGUUUCUGGCCAGGAGUGGAUAAAGAUGUAAAGGAUUGGUGCCAACAGUGUGAGAGGUGUACCCUUGCUAAGAACACCCAGCCAAGAGUUCGAGCGCCUAUGGGUCACCUGCUUGCUUCAAGACCAAAUCAGCUGCUGGCCAUUGAUUUUACACUUUUGGAACCAGCCCGUGAUGGAAGGGAGCUUGUGAUGGUGAUGACAGAUGUAUUUUCGAAGUUCACCCAAGCCAUCCCUACUCGUGAUCAGAAAGCGACAACAGUGGCAAAGGUCCUGGUUCGUGAGUGGUUUUACCGUUUUGGAGUGCCGGCCCGUAUCCACUCUGACCAGGGGAGGAACUUUGAAGGUGUCCUAGUACAACAGUUAUGUGAGUUGUAUGGAGUUCAGAAAAGUCGCACCACACCUUACCACCCGCAGGGAAAUGGACAAUGUGAACGUUUUAAUCGAACUAUGUUCAAUCUGCUUCGCUCCCUAGCUCCAGAUGAAAAGCGAAAUUGGCCAGAACAUCUCCCACAGCUGGUCUUCCACUAUAACACCACUGCCCACCAGUCGACUGGUGAAUCUCCUCACUUCCUUAUGUUUGGACAAGAGCCCCACUUGCCAGUGGAUUUUCUGCUUGGCCAUCUUCCUGAGCCCACAGAAGCAAAAGUGUGUGAUUGGGUGGCAGAGCACAGGAGGCGCCUAAAUGUGGCCAUUGAUGUUGUUAAAGGCAGAGUGGAGUUGGCAGCCCACAGGAGAAAAGUGAGGCAUGAUGAGAAAGUCCGGUGUGAGCCACUUCAAGUUGGACAACGAGUGUAUCUGCGUGAUGUUGGCCCAGGGCGCAGAAAGAUCCAGGAUGCCUGGGGGGCUACAGUGUACAAAGUUGUGAGGGCGCCAAGUUCAGGUGGUGUUGUAUAUUCAAUUGCCCCAGUUGAUAAGCCUCACCUUGUUAGACAAGUGCACCGUACCUCCAUAAAGCCUGCCCUGUCACCUUCAGAGACCUGCUAUGAUGACUGGCCACAGAGUGCACCAGAGGAGAACAGUGAUGAGGAGGAUGUGGAGUCGGGAUCUUGGCUGGUGUGCCGAGAGGCUGUUGGUAAUCCACCCAGGCCUGUGGUCCCAGAACCAUCAGAGAGGCCUCCAGCUCGAACACCUGUUCAGGAAGCCGCUAAGCCCCACGAACCCGAGAGGCCCAUCUCGCCGCCACCCAGUGAGGCCAAGCACCGCAGCCUGGUGCAGAUCAUCUACGACGAGAACCGAAAAAAAGCAGAAGAGGCUCAUAGGAUACUGGAGGGGCUGGGACCCAGAGUGGAACUGCCUUUGUACAAUCAACCAUCUGAUACCAAACAAUACCAUGAGAACAUCAAGAUAAACCACGCCAUGAGGAAGAAGCUCAUCUUGUAUUUCAAAAGGAGAAACCACGCUCGUAAGCAGUGGGAGCAGAAGUUCUGCCAGCGGUAUGACCAGCUAAUGGAGGCCUGGGAGAAGAAAGUGGAGCGCAUUGAAAACAACCCGCGGCGCAGGGCCAAGGAGAGCAAGGUGCGGGAGUACUACGAAAAGCAGUUCCCAGAGAUCCGCAAGCAGAGAGAGAUGCAGGAACGAAUGCAGAGCCGUGUUGGGCAGCGAGGAGGUGGCCUCACCUCAGCCGCAGCCCGCAGUGAACAUGAAGUCUCCGAAAUCAUUGAUGGAAUAUCAGAGCAUGAGAACACGGAGAAGCAAAUGCGGCAGCUGGCCGUCAUCCCCCCUAUGCUGUUCGACGCCGAGCAGCAACGCAUCAAGUUCAUCAACAUGAACGGACUGAUGGACGACCCCAUGAAGGUUUACAAGGACCGGCAGGUCAUGAACAUGUGGAGCGAGCAGGAGAGGGACACUUUCCGAGAAAAGUUCAUCCAGCAUCCUAAAAACUUUGGCCUGAUUGCUUCUUUUCUAGAGAGAAAGACGGUGGCAGAGUGUGUGCUCUUUUACUACCUGACCAAAAAGAAUGAAAACUACAAGAAUAUAGUGCGGAGGAACCGACGCCGAGGGAGAUCUCUGCACGGCCAGCAGCAGCAGCAGCAACAACAGCACCAACAACAGCAGCAGCAGCAGCAGCAACAACAACAACAGCAGCAGCAGCAACAUCAGCAACAACAGCAGCAACAAGUGAACCGGAACAGUCAGGACGACAAGGAGAAGGAGGAAAAAGAGAAGGAGGGGGAGAGAGACGAAGAGAAAAAUGAAGCUGAAGACAAGGAGGAUGGAAUGAAGGAUGACACUUCUGGAGAAGAUGCCGAAGACAAGGAGCCCACUGUGGCUUUCAAGGGAAGACGAACAGCGAACAGCCAGGGCCGCCGCAAAGGCCGUGAUACCCGCUCCAUGAACAGCGAAGGAGAGGAGACCACCACUCCGCCGCUCAGCAACGAGCUAGCCAAUCUGGAAAUGAAUGAGAGCUCUCGCUGGACUGAAGAAGAGAUGGAAACAGCCAAAAAAGGCCUUCUCCAGUAUGGUAGGAAUUGGUCCGCCAUCUCCAAGAUGGUGGGAUCGAAAACCGUGUCGCAGUGCAAAAACUUCUACUUCAAUUACAAGAAGAGGCAGAAACUGGAUGAGAUUCUGCAGCAGCAUAAAAUGAAAUCGGAGAAGGAGCGAAAGGCCCGUCGGAGGGGGAAAGCCUCGCAGAACGAAGAGACGAGUGCUACGUAUCCUGCAGAGGAGGAGGAGAUCGAGGGUUCAGGAGCCAGCUGCAACGAAGAGGAAGCGCCUGAAGAUGGAGAAGGUGGAGCAAACAACAGCUCGGACACAGAGAGCCUGCCUUCGCCGCACUCCUCGGAGGACAGCAAGGCUAAAGAGGAAGGGACCAGCAGGCUGAGGGGCAAUUCCAACACCGAGGACAGGAAGAAUGACCAGGCAGGCGACGAGAAGCCUCCUGUCAAGGAGGAGGCAGAGUCAACCAUCAAGCAGGAGAUAAAGACUGAAACAGGGGAUCCCAACAAGGAACAGCCACAGCCCGUACCGCCCAAUGAUGCCACGGAUAAAAAACCUCCAAGAGUUGAGAAGGAGGAAGUCAAAACCUCCAAGAGCUCCAAGAAGGAGCACCUGACCAAAGCAGGUCUACAUGGGGACAGUGACUCUAGUGCCACUUGUAGCGCUGAUGAGGUGGAGGAGACGGAUAAUACAGAUAAGAAAAGGAUGACGUCUCCACGCCCCAGCCUGCUGAACUUCUCCCACGACGGGGUCAUAUCAUCUCUGCAGAAGCCCAUGGACCUGAAGCAGCUCAAACAGAGGGCUGCAGCUAUACCACCUAUUAUGCCAGAGGCCUCUGUGCAGGGCACUCCGCGGAGUGGGAAAGCAGUGCAGCCCCCCCACGCCUUGGCUCUGUACCAGGAGCAGAUCACCAUGGCUCACGGAGAGUCCUCUCAGGAAGUCAAACAGCAGCAGCCUUCUGGCCAAGCAGGCAAACCACAGCCUUACGCCCCUCAGGCAGACAGAGAGCGAGAGGGUCUUCUGACCAGCAACCCCCGAGUUCGCCCUCGAAGCCCCUCCACCAGCGAAAAAGACGAAAAGUCCAGAGCCUUCUCUCCACACGGCGACACCAAGAAGCAGGCCCUGGGUCCGGACGACCUCAGGACCUCGAACCUGGGUCGCCCGGUUCUCUCGCCGUAUCCCAUGGCCCCGCGGGACAUGGCCAAGAUCAGUCACGACCAACACCUGCUCCACUUCAACCCGUUCCCACAGGUAGGCCUCCCCUCGCUUGCUGGUCUGCCACAGGAUAGUGUGCGGUUAGCGGCGGUGAGACCCCUCUCCAUGCCCGACCCGCCACCGCUCAUUUCCUCUAACAAGCCUGGAGGCUCCAUCACGCAGGGUACGCCGGUGCAGUUGCAUGGAGCGGCCCAUGGGCUGGAUCACUCAAAGAUGCCUCCCGCACCAAUGGGGUUGUCUUGGAUGGAGAAGAAAGUUGCAGGUCCUUUCCCAGUGGUGAAGCAGGAGCAGUUGUCUCCUCACAGCUCCUCCCAGCCUGAUAACUUAUCAAACCCAGGGCCGCCACAUGAUAACUCCUCUGCUCGUGGCGUCCAAGGAGGUAGCAUCACCAAAGGUCUUCCUGGGACCAGAAUACACCCGGAGUCUGCGGUUUCCUACCGAGGCGGCUCCAUCACACAGGGGACACCAGCAGACGUGCUGUAUAGAGAAACCAUAUCACGUCUGAUCUCGGAGGACAGUUCCAGCCGAGCUGACAGGGAACGGGACGAGGCGCCAUCUAAAGGACAGAUCCUGUACGAGGGAAUCAGCGGGCAGAUCCUCUCAUAUGACCGGCCGCAGUCUCAGACUCUCAAAGAAGAUGGUCGAGGUUCAGGUCUGUCUGGAGAAAUCCUGGGUCUGAAGCGAACUUAUGAUGUCAUGGAAGGAGGCAGAGGGCUGCCAAUGAGAGACGCUCUGUCUGCUACCAAUUGUGAAGGUCUCAUCGGUCGUGCCAUGCCUUUCGACAGAGACAGCCCUCACCACACGUCUUACAAGGAUGCUCAUCAUAUCCGAGGCUCCAUCUCUCAAGGUAUACCCCGCCAUCUCGACGCACAAGAUGCCUACAUGAGGAGGGAAACCAAGCAGAUGAGGCGAGAGGCGUCCCCGCCCCGUGGCGCCGGGUCCCUUUCUGACCCGAUGAAGGGCAGAGAGGGCAUCGUGCCCACGGUGAAGGAGCCUGCCCUGGGCCAACAUCACGCAGAUACACUCGUUGUCCAACUUGAAGUGGCUCACACCGGACUUUCUCAUCAUGCCUCACUUUUCUCCUGUGGGCUGCCAACUCCACUCUGCCUUUAA